CGAAAGUGAGCAGCGGGUGGCGGGGGGUGGAGAGGCGAAGCUCCCCAUCGUUUCCCGGCUUUCCUCCGCCCCUCGGAGCCGGGAGGGGCCCGCUGGGAGAAGGGGGAGGAGGAGGAGGAGGAGGAGGCCGAGCCGGCACCCGCGGCGCUCUCUCUCGGGCUGGGCAUCUUUGCGCUGCUCUCCCUCUGCGGCCUCCUGGACUCUCCCGGCAGCCAUGAAGCGCUUCUGCCUGGUCACGCUGGGCUUGCUGGCGCCGGCCUUCCUCAUCGCCGGCAUCGCCCUCCUGGCGGCCCACAUCAUGGAGAACCUGGUGGACGGCCAGAUCAAGCAGGGAACGACCUUAAGAAAUAAUUCGGAAGCUUUUGAAUUCUGGGAGCAUCCUCCAAUUCCCCUUCUCCUGCAGGUCUAUUUCUUUAACUUGACUAAUCCUUUAGAAGUGCUAAAAGGGGAAAACCCUAUCGUCAAGGAAGUUGGCCCCUACACCUACAGGGAGUGGAAAGUUCGACGGGACGUACACAUUCUGGAGAACGGCUCAAAGGUGUCCUCUUUCCAACCAACCACUUACUAUUUUGAGCGAGAAAUGUCCGUGGGUGACCCAGAAGUGGAUCGGAUCCGGACAGUAAACUUGCCCGCAGUGACGGCCAUGAAUAUGGCCCGGAGAACGCCUUUCCAUUUUCCUGCCGAGCUAUUGCUACUGGCCUACGAAGAGGAUAUGUUCACCAUCCAUACAGUGCAAGAGAUUUUAUGGGGCUACACGGAUAGGUUUCUGCAGACGGUACACAAAUUUUUCCCCAGCGUCGAUCCGGUUUUCGGCUAUUUUGCACAGAUGAAUGCGACAGAUGAUGGUGAAUAUCUCAUGUUAUCUGGUGAAAAGAACUAUCUGGACUUCACAAGAGUAAUUGAAUGGAAUGGCAAAGACAAUCUGGACUGGUGGACAUCACCCAGCUGUAACAUGAUCAAUGGGACAGACGGAGGGACGUUUCACCCGCUCCUCUCCAAAGAUGAAAUGCUUUAUAUCUUCUCUACAGAUUUCUGCAGAUCCAUCUAUCUAACCUUCGAGGAAGAGUUAACCGUUUUGGGAAUUCAAACUUACCGAUUUACACCUCCCUUGGCAAUCUUUGCCAAUGUCUCAGUUAACCCAGACAACGCCGGAUUCUGUGUCCCUGCCGGACACUGUACGGGGUCUGGAAUCCUGAAUGUCACAGCUUGCAAACAAGGGGCCCCGAUAUUCUUAUCGCUCCCACAUUUCUUCCAUGCUGAGGAGAGCUACGUCAAGUCGGUGGAUGGAAUGCACCCAAAUAAACAGAAGCACGACACGUUUCUUGAUAUUAACCCACUGACCGGAGUUGUGGUGCGUGCAAACAAACGAAUGCAAAUCAACGUUUUUGUUGAAACGAUGCCUGAAUUUAUCCAAACAGGGACUAUCAAAAGGAUGCCCUAUCCAGUGAUGUUUGUAAAUGAGAGUUUUCUACUGGACGAUGAAUAUGCAGGAAAGCUGAGGGCGGCUCUGCUUGAAUCCAGUCUGGUCCAAGCUGUCCCAUUCAUCAUGCUGGCACUGGGGAUUAUUUGUGGUGGCGUAUUUCUGGGAAUCAUCUAUUGGCCCAGGGGGAAAAAAGAGGAGGGCACCGUUGACGAACGAGCUCCACUUAUCCGGACUUAACUCAAUCUCCCCGACCAUGCCAGGUUUACA